AUCAACACACACACUCCAAAAUACGUUUGUUUUUAUAUCUCUCUUAUCAAAUAUUGAUUUCUUAAACUCUUCAAAGAAAAGCGAAAACUGUAUUUAGACAGUCAAUGGUAAUCCCAGAUCAAAGUUACAAAUAAAAGACGAUACCAGUCAAGCCAGCAUACUUGCAAAGUUCGUCGUUCAGUGUUGGGUCACUGUUUUAUCACAAUGUUUGUGAAAUUAGCUUUCUUCGUUUUGGCGGUUUUAAUCUUGCACUCGUCGGCAUCCCCGUCGAGGGUGCGAAGACAGGGGUUUUCGUGGGGCGAUGUCGAUGAUAAUGAUUUGAGGCCAAGACCAAGACCCACGACUCAAGCACCAAGACCAAGACCGACGACUCAAGCACCAAGACCAAGACCGACGACUAGGACAACGCAAGCUGGGGGCGGCACUACGACGACGACGCCCUCGCCGGCGUAUAGUGCCUGCAUAAGACAGUGCCCCACGACGCCGCAGUAUAACCCCAUUUGUGGAAACAAUGGGGUGACUUAUCCAAAUGAGAGUCACCUCAGUUGUGCCAAUCGGUGUGGGCUGAGUGUGCAACGGGCUUUUGGGGGCACCUGCCAGCCGCUUUAAGUCUUUUAUGUGUUCGUUUCAAGGCUUAUUAAUAAAUUAUUUUUUUUUUGUAACUGAAA